AUGGGCAUUUCAUUCAUCGGAUUAGGUGUUUCUUUGGCUGUUAUUGUUAUCAUAGCAGUCGUUAUUUACCUCUGCUGCUGUCGAAAGAGGAAAUCUUCCAGUGCCAGUGAUCGUGUAAUUAAUCCUGCUGGGCAAGGUGUCAGAUCGGAUAAUCUUAUCGCAAACAGGGAUGAUCCGGUAUGUUUCAUAUCGGUAUCUAUUACCAUUAGAAUUUCGUUGCUGAAGAAUGUACUAUUUGUUUUUUACUGCUCAAAUUAUCCCGCUCUUGCAUUUAUUUUUCGUCUACCUGCCUCUAAUAAUUUUUCACUUCCGUUUAAAGUGUUGAAGUCAGUUAUGAUUGUGAGGCCGAGUCAUGAAAGCAUGGUUGACACUGAUGCUUUUGAAACUAGGAAUUAUGCUCAGUCAAAAAACCAACGACGAAAGUGUGUGGAUUUUUUUAAUGGUAAACGUGACCUUCAAAGUGUCUUUUUCACAAUAAAACUUCUGAACAUUUCCAUUCACCAAUUCGCUGCUUAA